CACACAUAUACACACACCCGCCCUUUUCUCAAACCCGAGAGUCCAAGACCAACUGACUUCCAAGACCAGCAGUAGCCAAAGUUGAGACAAGCAGCCAUGCAAGCCUCUCUGAGCUUCUCUGCUAACCCCCUAGCCCCCAACUGUGAAGCUCAAACAAAAAGAAUUAGAUAUUUCUCAGCAAUCCUCGUAACUCCACCACCGAGGAAGAAGACGCCCUCAAUAAAAAUCACAAUGCCUAUGCGUGAACCAAAACCCUCACUCCCAUCACCACAACCACCACAACCACCGUUCCCUUCCGUCCUAACAAAACCCAACUACCCUCCCGUCCUAAACCCAUUUCAGAAACUAGCGGCUUCCCUAUUAGACCUUGUGGAGACCUCCCUCAUCGCAGAGUCCGAGAAGAAGAAUCCUCUCCCUAAGACAGUCGACCCUGCAAUCCAAAUCACUGGCAAUUUCGCUCCUGUCUCAGAAACUCCGGUUCAGCACGAUUUGCAGGUAACGGGUCAUAUCCCGGCCGGGCUUAAUGGUGUUUAUGUGCGUAACGGGGCCAACCCCAUGCUCGCACCAUCCGGGGGCCACCACCUUUUCGAUGGCGAUGGCAUGAUUCACGCUGUCUCCUUAAACAGUAACGGCAAUAGAGCUAGCUACAGCUGCCGCUACACUCGGACGAGACGACUCAUGCAAGAAUCGGCAUUUGGGAAGCAACUCUUUCCUAAGCCUAUCGGAGAACUUCAUGGCCACACCGGCAUCGCAAGACUCUUGCUCUUCCAAGCACGUGCUAUGGUUGGUCUCGUCAAUGCCAGCCAAGGCAUCGGCGUUGCCAAUGCGGGUCUUGUAUACUUCAACGGUCGCCUCCUCGCCAUGUCGGAGGAUGACCUCCCCUACCACGUCAGGAUCACUGCUGAUGGUGACCUCGAGACCGUUGGCCGGUUCGACUUCUCUGGUCAGCUCGAAUCCUCAAUGAUCGCUCACCCAAAGAUAGACCCCACAACGGGUGAGCUCUUCUCUCUCAGCUACGACGUUGUCAAGAAGCCUUACCUCAAAUGCUUCAGAUUCAACAAAAAGGGAAGGAAGUCACCCAAAGUUGCAAUCUCACUCCAACAACCCACCAUGAUCCACGACUUCGCCAUCACAGAGAACUCCAUAGUGAUCCCUGAUCAUCAAGUGGUUUUCAAGCUAACUGAGAUGAUAAAGGGCAAAUCCCCGGUUGUCUUCGACCGAACCAAGACCGCCCGGUUCGGGGUUCUACCCAAGUACGACACGAACGAGUCCAGGAUCCGUUGGAUCAACGUGCCGAAUUGCUUCUGCUUCCACCUAUGGAACGCCUGGGAGGAGACUUCAACCAACGGUGACAAGAUUGUCAGCGUUAUUGGAUCGUGCAUGACUCCAGCAGACUCAAUUUUCAACGAACAGGACGAACCGCUACAAAGUGUUUUAACCGAAAUCCGGUUGAACCUAACGACCGGCGAUUCCAGCCGCCGUGAGAUUGUCUCCGGGUUGAACCUAGAGGCUGGUCAAGUCAACAGGAAGCUUUUGGGGAGGAAGACGAGGUACGCUUACAUGGCCAUUGCAGACCCCUGGCCCAAGUGCUCAGGGGUAGCGAAGGUGGACUUGGCCACCGGAGAGGUAACGAAGUUCGAGUACGGUGAGGGGAGAUUCGGCGGCGAGCCAUGUUUUGUGCCGGGACCGGCUGAAGAAGAUGAUGGGUAUGUGAUGAGUUUCGUUAGGGAUGAGAAGAGGGAAAGGUCGGAGUUGGUGGUGGUGAAUGCUUCGACCAUGAAACAAGAGGCCUCCGUCAAAUUGCCUACAAGGGUUCCGUACGGGUUCCAUGGUACUUUUGUUAAUUCAGAGGAGCUGAAAGGGCAGGAUCUUAAUUAGGUCAUAGAAUCAUAGACCAGAUGUGAUUACUGUAAUUCCUAAAUAUUACAGUAACACAUCUCAAAUAACAAUGUAACUAGUUUAGGAUAUUCGAACAUGUAAUUGAGUCAAAUGUGGGUAUGCAAAGGUGCAUAUUCCCUUUGGUUGUGAUGAUCAUAGGAGUUAAUUCUAGAUACAUAUGAGAAUCACAUCAAUCAUAGAUAAAAGAUUUAGGGUAUUAAGUUAAAUUAUUAAGUCUAGCAAUCAAGGUAAAAUCAGAAUAUCCAAUGGUAUAUAUCUUAGCUUGAAUGUGUAGAUAGAUUGUCUAGCCCUAAGUAUAUCUUUGAACAUCCAUUGAGUGAACCACUGGCAUGUUAGUACACUCUUGAUCCUAAAUGAUAGAUUGUAAUAAUGCAAUAGGUUGUUCUUUCUAAAAUUAAUUUGUAUUUCUAUUUUCUU